UUGUGACGGCCAAAAUAAAAAGGAAAAAACAAAAAAAAUGCCGAACCGCCGGUUGAAACCGUAAAUUGGCGGCUCACGGUUUGGAAAAAGCUGAAACCGAAAUGGAACCGUCCAAACCACGGUUUCGGUUUGAACCGUAGCCGCCGUUCGGAACCCGCGAACCGACGGUUUGGAACCGAAUGGGCAAGUCUAUCGCUCGAACAACACGAUGGCAGUGAAUACGAUGCUCCACCAGUCCAGGCAGCCACUGACGAGAAGCAGCUGAAUCAGAUGAGUGCGGGGGGAGCAUUUGGGGGAAACAGAGGGGCGAGACCGGUGCCACCCGAAAAAGGAGUUUUCCCUUUGGACCAUAUGCAUCAGUGUGACCUGGUGGAGAAGAAGGAUUACAUUAACUGUCUAAAGUCUACAGGCCAUAAAUCCGAGAAGUGCAGACAGUUCUCAAAGAAAUACCUGGAAUGUAGAAUGGAUAAGAACUUGAUGGCAAAACAAGACAUGGCAGAACUAGGGUUUAGAAAUGAAGAGACAUCAUAAGCUUCUAAUAAUUGUGGAGGAUUGAUUUGGUUAUGACUUUUUGAAAUUAGGCAUUUGUUGUAUGAUCCGUUCGAGAAACAUUUUGACCUGUUUUCUCAAUAAAAAGUUGGUUUCAAGGGCA